AUAUGAUCAAAGAAUGGCGCUCUUAAAGAAUCCAGAGACAACUGGAGCCAGGAUGUCGCCAUAUUUUCUGAAGACACCUUCCGGGUCUCUUAACCCGGCUGUCUAAAUCCAAGCUGCCAUGAAGUGAAUAAACACCGAGGGGUUUUGUUUGUCCCCAUCACACCCCCCCCGAAUCCCUAGCAGCCAGUCCCUGCUACCUCGGUGCCCUCGACUGCGUCCGGACGCUAAGGCUGGGCGGGGCCCCGGCCUCCGGAGCCCUUCCUGUGGACGACGAAAGCUGAGGCCGCGCGCGGGGAGGCAGUGGCCUGGGGGACAGGGCGGCCGCUGCUCGGGGCCGGGAGGCCCCAUGGCGCCCCCCCCAGCCCCGCUCCUGGCGCUGAGACCGGGGAAUACCGGGGUUGGUUGUAAGAAGCCUGGGGCCGUGAGCUUCGCGGACGUGGCCGUGUACUUCUCCCCGGAGGAGUGGGGGUGUCUGCGGCCCGCGCAGCGGGCCCUGUACCGGGACGUGAUGCGGGAGACCUACGGCCACCUGGGCGCGCUCGGAUUCCCAGGCCCCAAACCAGCCCUCAUCUCUUGGAUGGAACAGGAGAGUGAGGCUUGGAGUCCCGCCGCCCAGGAUCCUGAGGAGGGGGAAAGCCUGGGAGGAGCUCUGAGAGGAGGCACCCCAAACAAGAAGGAAGAGGCACCAGAGGAAGGGCCAGGAACCAAGGGACCCAGAAAGACUCCUGGGAAGGAGCCUUCUAAAGACCUGGUUAAACACAACCCUGACUGGACCGUAAGAAAGGUUUCGGCAAGAGCACAGCAACCCGCCAACACUGCCUGGAACCAGAGCACAGGUGUGCAGCCCUCGGUCCCGGUGCCCGGCGUGGACACUCAGGACAGCCAGCGGCGUCACGUGUGUGCGGACUGUGGCCGCCGCUUCACCUACCCCUCGCUGCUGGUCAGCCACCGGCGCAUGCACUCAGGGGAGCGGCCCUUCCCCUGCCCCGAGUGUGGCAUGCGCUUCAAGAGGAAGUUCGCUGUGGAAGCCCACCAGUGGAUCCAUCGCUCCUGCUCUGGGGGGCGGCGGGGUCGGAGGCCUGGGAUUCGGGCUGUGCCUCGGGCUCCGGUGCGGGGGGACCGGGACCCGCCGGUGCUGUUCCGACACUACCCGGACAUCUUUGAGGAGUGCGGGGACCCCGGGCCGCCGCCGGCGCUCACGCACCGGAUCCUCUUCCCCUUUGCCUCGCCAAACCGGAGCACAGACGCCGAAGCGGCCACGGCCAUCUUAACUAUGGGCAAGAGGAGCGGCCCCGCCGAGGCUACUUCCGGCCGCCUAGGCCCGGAAGAGCCCAGCUCCCCGGAGCUCUUGGUCGUUGGCCAGCGGGGUGGGCCCUCGAGGGGCCGGCUGUCGCGCUCCCGGCCUUCCGGCCCGCACCCCGGCCCGGAGGCUGCUUCUGGCGCGGGAGGCUCCCCGGACCCCGGCCCGGCACUUUCCAUGGCGCCGCCUCCGGCCCCGCUCCCCGUGGGGGAACCGGACGCGGCCGGGCGCGAGCGGAGGAGGCCGGGCGCCGUGUGCUUCGCGGACGUGGCCGUGUACUUCUCCCCGGAGGAGUGGGGGUGUCUGCGGCCCGCGCAGCGGGCCCUGUACCGGGACGUGAUGCGGGAGACCUACGGCCACCUGGGCGCGCUCGGGUUCCGAGGCACCAAGCCAGCCCUCAUCUCCUGGGUGGAGGAAGAGGCCGACCUGUGGGGCCCGGAUGCCCGGGAUCCGGAGGUGGGAGAGUGUCUGACGGCAGCAGACACAGAUUCCAGAAACAAGGAAGAGAAAGGACAAAGAGAAGGGACUGAGGCACUAGAGAAGAUCCUCUCUGCGGAAGCUCGGCCUGCUGGGCUGACGACUCUGAAACACCCUUCUGCCGGGCUCCCUUAUGGCUUGGAGCAGCCAUCCAAGGCACCUCGCCGGGGUCGCCCCCCACUCUGUGCCCAUCCCCCUGUCCCGAGGGCAGACCAGCGUCAUGGCUGCUACAUGUGUGGGAAGAGUUUCGCCUGGCGCUCUACCCUGGUGGAGCACCUGUACACCCACACGGGUGAGAAGCCCUUCUGCUGCCCUGACUGCGGCAAGGGCUUUAGCCAGGCCUCCUCUCUGAGCAAGCACCGGGCCAUCCACCGUGGGGAGCGGCCCCACCGCUGCCUGGACUGUGGCCGGGCCUUCACCCAGCGCUCUGCCCUCACCACUCACCUUCGGGUCCACACAGGCGAGAAGCCCUACCGCUGUGCCGACUGCGGCCGCUGCUUUAGCCAGAGCUCUGCCCUCUACCAGCACCAGCGGGUCCACAGUGGCGAGACUCCCUUCCCCUGCGCGGACUGUGGCCGUGCCUUUGCCCACGCGUCAGACCUUCGGCGCCACGUGCGCACCCAUACGGGCGAGAAGCCCUACCCGUGCCCAGACUGUGGGCGCUGCUUCCGACAGAGCUCCGAAAUGGCAGCCCAUCGGCGUACCCACAGUGGUGAACGCCCCUACCCCUGUCCUCAGUGUGGCAGGUGCUUUGGCCAGAAGUCAGCCAUGGCCAAGCACCAGUGGGUCCAUAGGCCUGGUGCUGGAGGGCACAGGGGCCGGAGUGCCGGCGGGUUGCCUGUGCCCUUGGCCCCUGGCCAAGGGGAGCUGGACCCACCUGUGGGCUUCCAGCACUACCCGGAAAUAUUCCAGGAGUGUGGGUGAUGGUGAUGGUCUGUAAGAUGGCAAGGCAAAGGGUGAAGGUCUAGGCAUUGCCUGAGGCCCAGGCUUAGCUCAGGGGCUUGAACCUCUGUGGCAGCUCCAGGGAGGUCACAGAAUUCUGGACAAGAGGUGGACCUGGGGGACGAGGACCGUCUUAUCUUAGGCCUUCACAAGCUUGAUCUGUUGACACCUUGCUCCCAGAUUCUAGAAGCCCCCUUUGCUGAGUUAGGGCUGAAGUAAGCACUUCCACAAGACAUCCACUGUGGGGGAAGAAAAGGCCCGUUUCUCAGCCUAGAUGUGUCAAGAGGAUUGAGGUAGAAGAGAACUUUAUUCUACCCGUUGUCUUUUUACUGCAGGGCUUAAAAACUGAUGGCGUGUACUGAAUCUGGCUCGCAGCAACAUUUAAAACAUUACUUUUGGCCCAACCAGCAUUUUCAAGUGUCCCAAAUUCUUGGUUAAGAUUUAAAAGGAUGUUGCACGCAAAAAUUCAGGUUUCUGGGCUCUUUUGAAAAAUCCAAAGAUUUGGCAACUUGACCUGCGCUCCCGCGAAACCUCAAUUGGCAGGAGCCUAGGAGCAGCUGUCCAGCACGCCCACCACUCCGUGUCACCUCCUGACUAGCAUCAGCUGGCACUUGUCAUUACUUGUCCAUGCCCCUGGGUAAAGCAGGCCCUCUUUAUCUGGCAUUUCCCCCUCAUUUUACAUGACCUCUUGGUUUCCUCUAGUCAUUUGAGUUUGCAAACCGGUGCACAGCAUUCAUGUUCUCCUGAAUCAGGGAUUCAGGUAGCAUGUAUGUGAAAGGGUGGCAGGAGAGAAGUAAAAGCAGGCUUUAUUUCAGAUGUUUGCUGUAUCACAUUCUCUGAUUUCCAAAGUACUGUCUUGUCCAUCAACUCAUUUUGUCCUCAUAACCACCCGAGGAAGGAACCAUCUUGCUUGGGAAGGACAGUCCAGUCAGGAAGAGGCUGUCAGGAUUGUAUAUUUUGCCCCAGACCGAGUGGUAUCUCUGUCAGGCCACGGUAUGACUCUCAGCUGACCGGCAGUUCCUGUGUUUGAAGAGGAAGGCUCUGAAUGUGCCCUCUAGUCUUUCUCGGGCCACCCUGGGAGAGCCCUUUUGCUCAGGCUUUAAGCCACCCUCGAGCCAGCGAGGAGGGCCUCGUCAUCUUUUUGAACUGGAAGGGAUCUUGGCUUUUCCAUCCUUUUUUCAUCUGGGGACUCUGAGACUGGGGGAGGCCAAACAACCUGUCCAAGGUCACAUACAGAGUGAUAUUCCAGGGUUCUGGGUCUACAGCUGUCUUGACCACACCACUCCUGAGUUCCUUGCCGGUGUCUCAGCCAAGGUUCUGGAGGCAUCUGCUCACUCCCUAUAAUGGCUCCCAAGCAAUGACCUGGACUAGGGACAGAGGAACCCAGUAUCGGUGAAGCCCAGGCACAAGACGACUGACAAAACACACAUAGCAGAGCAAGGCAAGAGAGAAACCAGCCCAAGAUGAGAGUUCUAGGGCAAACAGAAGCAAAGCUUGCCUCUUCUCUUUUUUAAGUACUGCCCAUCAUGAACAAAGGGGUCAGGCCAGGAACAUGUGGGAUUAGCAGCCAAGAGAACCGUGCUCAUCUUUAUUCCCGAGCUGUAUCACCUGUGACUCCAUUAUCCAUCUACUACCAGUUCCUCUGUGGUCAAGUCCAGCCUUGCCCAGGUGAUGAAGCAGCCAGCCAGGAGCGGACCCGUUCCUGCCUCUGGCCAGGAUGACCCUUCACCUGCACCUCAAGGAGUAAUACCAGGGUCUUGUGUCUUCUGCUAGCCUGUAUGCACUUGCUUUCUUCACCCAACUCAGCCCCAGUCGUGUCUGGCCUACGUUAGGAAGAAACCAGAUUUGUUGUAAAGGAAGAGGUAGAAAAUUUGGUGAAAAGACACUGUUCAGGUGAAGUAAUCAACCGACUUGAUUCCAACUUAAUCUUCAAAUCGGACCCCACCAAGACCUGACUUACCCUAAAUUCUACUGGGAGGAUUGGCUCAUGCGCCACCUUGUCACAAGGGGGACGUGAAGUGAAAAGAGCACCUUGGCAACAGGAGCUACAUUUGUAUCAGCUUUUAAUUCCCUAGAGAAGCCAGUGUACAACCCUUCCCUUGCCUAAACCCUCAGCACUGCCUGGGGAAAGCCCAGCCUGCAACACCAGUUGUCAGCUCAGCUUCAAAGCCAGAUCUGGACCCUGCCCGCAGCUUACCAAUUAAAGGUACCAUAAUUACUA